CAAUACGUGAGGGCGCGUCCUCCCCUCCUCCUCUCGUCACCUCCGUUUGGACCUCUGGCCUGCAGCCGGCCACUGACGCCUUGGGCACAAGCGUGGAUCCCGGAGCCCGUUCCACUCCACAUGUGAGCGAGAGCACAGCGCGCAGCCUGGACUCCACCGCAGCCUCCACAGGUACAGGUGCAGUUCACCUUUCGGGACACACAGCUGAGACCAGUGUGGGGACCACCAGGUCAGGACGGGAAACACCUUCCUCUGUGCCAGGUGAGUCAGCGCCAACCGAAGUGACUUCUCCAGUGGCGACCCCUUCCGUCACGAGGGAAAGCAGAGUUUCCGCACCAGUGCCCGGCUCUUCGGAAACCACUUGGUCUGAGACAGAGUCAGCAUCCUCCACGAGGCCCGGCCUGAGGGAGGCCAGCACCUCCCAGCCCGUGAGCUCAGCCGCGGAGACAAUGCCCGUCUCUUCCCACGUGCCCACUGGUGAUGGUGCUACUGAGGUCUCCGGGACAGAAGGCAUGUCCUCCAGCGGGACAUUCUCCUCUGGCCCGGCACACUCCUCCAUGUCACCAGACAUCUCCACAGGCAUGCGGGGGCUCUCGACAUCCCCAGUCAUGACAGGAGUCGCCGAGGGGACCCUCACCACGCCAACUGGUCACCCUGGGGCUACGUCGCCGGGCACAACUCCCUUGGACACAUGGACCACCGCCUCCAGCCCAGGGACUCACGGGGCUGCGACUCAAGGUUUCACACGCUCACCGGUGACCACUCCCGGGAGCAGGGGCCCGGAGAAUGUGUCCAGGACACGUCCUCCCUUUGAGGAGACGAGCAGCUCUUCCUCCGUGCAAUCGGCCCCUAGCACAGCCUCCCCGUCCCCAGUUUCUCCUACAAUACGUGAGGGCGCGUCCUCCCCUCCUCCUCUCGUCACCUCCGUUUGGACCUCUGGCCUGCAGCCGGCCACUGACGCCUUGGGCACAAGCGUGGAUCCCGGAGCCCGUUCCACUCCACAUGUGAGCGAGAGCACAGCGCGCAGCCUGGACUCCACCGCAGCCUCCACAGGUACAGGUGCAGUUCACCUUUCGGGACACACAGCUGAGACCAGUGUGGGGACCACCAGGUCAGGACGGGAAACACCUUCCUCUGUGCCAGGUGAGUCAGCGCCAACCGAAGUGACUUCUCCAGUGGCGACCCCUUCCGUCACGAGGGAAAGCAGAGUUUCCGCACCAGUGCCCGGCUCUUCGGAAACCACUUGGUCUGAGACAGAGUCAGCAUCCUCCACGAGGCCCGGCCUGAGGGAGGCCAGCACCUCCCAGCCCAUGAGCUCAGCCGCGGAGACAAUGCCCGUCUCUUCCCACGUGCCCACUGGUGAUGGUGCUACUGAGGUCUCCGGGACAGAAGGCAUGUCCUCCAGCGGGACAUUCUCCUCUGGCCCGGCACACUCCUCCAUGUCACCAGACAUCUCCACAGGCAUGCGGGGGCUCUCGACAUCCCCAGUCAUGACAGGAGUCGCCGAGGGGACCCUCACCACGCCAACUGGUCACCCUGGGGCUACGUCGCCAGGCACAACUCCCUUGGACACAUGGACCACCGCCUCCAGCCCAGGGACUCACGGGGCUGAGACUCAAGGUUUCACACGCUCACCGAUGACCACUCCCGGGAGCAGGGGCCCGGAGCAAGUGUCCAGGACACGUCCUCCCUUUGAGGAGACGAGCAGCUCUUCCUCCGUGCAAUCGGCCCCUAGCACAGCCUCCCCAUCCCCAGUUUCUCCUACAAUACGUGAGGGCGCGUCCUCCCCUCCUCCUCUCGUCACCUCCGUUUGGACCUCUGGCCUGCAGCCGGCCACUGACGCCUUGGGCACAAGCGUGGAUCCCGGAGCCCGUUCCACUCCACAUGUGAGCGAGAGCACAGCGCGCAGCCUGGACUCCACCGCAGCCUCCACAGUCAGCGCCAACCGGAGUGACUUCUCCAGUGGCGACCCCUUCCGUCACGAGGGAAAGCAGAGUUUCCGCACCAGUGCCCGGCUCUUCAGAAACCACUUGGUCUGA